AUGGCGUCAUCAACUACCGACUCGCGCCGCAUGCCGCGCAGAGAUUCUUCGACGGCCCGUGGCACCCGGAGCCCCAGCCAGAGGCCAAGACUUCUUCGAGCAUCAGCCACCGAGCCCGCCAUCACCACCUCCAAUGCCAGCCGAGAUGCGCUCGCCAACUCGUACUCGUCUCGCAGAGCAACGGAGCUCCUAAGGGUGGCUUACAUCUCUGGCGGCUCAUCGCCGGACGCCCUCACCAGAGCCACCUCCAGAGCUACUUCUCCCAUCUCGACACGGCCACCACCUCCGCCGAUGUACGAUAGCUUGGGUCGCCACAGUGAGCUAUCCUCGUCUCCUAUCAGCAACCCAGAUGGCUUUGAUGAGCUGCGUGAUUCCUACUCGCAUUCGCACUCGCAGCGGUACUUUAGCUUCCCCAGCUUUGACUUGUAUGAGCCGCCCCACCAAGAGGAGGACAAGGAGGCGCACAUGAAGUCUCCUUGA